AGAGAUCGAGAGAUGGGCGUGGUGUGGAGUGGAGUGGUCAGGCAGAUGGUUCCGUCUGGAGCUCGCGCGCACUCGACGUUUACUACUCAAACCGAUCACUGGGAACCCAAUUAACAGCCUUCAACCGUGUGUAAUUACCCGAUUCUACUUAAUGAGGUGAGCCCUGGGCUCCGAGUGUGCUAGCCAAUAGCCAUGCUACGCCAAGGUGAGCCAACCAAUAGCACGUUGCACCUGGUUGCUACGGAUAUGAGUGAAAUCAUGGAGAAUCUGGACACUCGUGAGCUGGACCUAGGAGACGGGGAAUAUGACACUACAGACUUUAGACUCCCAGAGGAGCGUCGGGGCUUUGCAUCUGUCUACAAUACUGUGGGGUUUAAGGAGGCGGAGGCCAAGGUGUUUCUCUCCUCUCCCAUCACCGCUAAGAUACUAGAAGUGGAGAGAUUCACCUCUGCACAGGACCGCUUCAAUAUCACCUCACAGCGCAGUGUCAACAAGAGUCUGCCUGCGGUAUUUAAGAUUGAAAUGAGACAUGGAGAGUUCAGCUGGGUGGUCAAGAGGAAGGAGAAACACUUCAUGGACCUCCACAGAGAACUGCUCCGAUAUAAGACUUUCAUGAGAAUACCUCUACCCUCCCGCAGCCACACAGUGAAAAGGCAGAGUGUUCGGAGGUCAGAGGUCAGGGCCAUGCCCACUCUGCCGCGGGGUAGCGGGGACGAGCUGGCCCGGGAGGAACAGGUGUCCAGCAGGAGGAAAGCAUUGGAGGACUACCUGAACAAGCUGCUGAAGAUGUCUAUGUACAGAAACUACCAUGCUACGAUGGAGUUUAUAGACGUCAGCCAACUGUCCUUCAUCCAUGAUCUGGGACCUAAAGGCCUAGAAGGGAUGGUGUACAAGCGGUCAGGUGGUCAUCGUAUCCCAGGACUUAACUGCUGUGGUCACAGCAAGAUGUGCUACCGCUGGUCCAAACGCUGGUUGGUGGUGAAGGAUUCGUUCCUCCUCUACAUGAAGCCAGACUCGGGAGCCAUUUCCUUUGUUCUCCUGGUGGACAAAGAGUUCUGCAUCAAAAUGGACUCCAAAGACACAGAGACCAGACACGGAGUACGCAUUGACAGCCUUUCCAGGGCCCUGGUGUUGAAGUGCAGCAGCUACAGACAUGCCAGGUGGUGGGGUCAGGCCAUCGAGGGCUUCGUCCAGAAACAUGGCUCUGCCUUCCUGACCGACCACCGCUUCGGUUCCUUCGCCCGCCAGGAGCACAACAUCCCAGCCAAAUGGUAUGUGAAUGGGAAGACCUACAUGGCUGACGUGGCAGACGCUCUGGAGGAGGCUAAAGAAGAGAUCUUCAUCACUGACUGGUGGCUGAGCCCUGAGAUCUUUAUGAAGAGGCCGGUUGUCGAGGGAAACCGCUGGCGCCUUGACUGCAUCCUGAGACGCAAAGCGCAACAGGGAGUGCGUAUCUUUGUGAUGCUGUAUAAGGAGGUGGAGCUAGCUCUGGGCAUCAACAGUGAAUACAGCAAGAGAACAUUAAUGCACCUCCACCCCAACGUCAAGGUGAUGCGUCAUCCGGACCAUGUCUCCUCCUCCGUAUACCUGUGGGCGCAUCACGAGAAGAUCAUCAUCAUCGACCAAUCAGUGGCCUUCGUGGGUGGGAUCGACCUGGCGUACGGUCGCUGGGACGACCGAGAGCACCGUCUGACGGACGUGGGGAGUGUGACGCGCUCUGUAGCCCUGGAGCAGGCUGAGGGUUCCUCCUUCAAGAUGGCCACCGCACCGACCGAUGGUUCUGCCCCUAGCAACGGGAAGGGUGCUGCUGCCCUGGUAGUGGACUCAGGGGACCAGCCCAAGUUGAAGGGGCUGGGGAGGAUCAGGAGGACACGGUUCAGUAUGAAGAGACACCUGCAGAAACAUGGACUGGUCCACGCCGACUCUCUUAGCAGUGUGGAGAGCUCAGAAGAGAAGACAGUGCGUAGCAUGCAAACAGGAAUAGGAGGGGUAGGAGAGUUGGUUGGAGAUACAAGGUUCUGGCACGGGAAAGACUACUGCAACUUCGUAUACAAAGACUGGAUCCAACUGGACAAGCCUUUUGACGACUUCAUUGACAGACACACCCACCCCAGGAUGCCGUGGCAUGACAUCGCCUCCGUGGUUCAUGGGAAGGCUGCCAGGGAUGUGGCCAGACACUUCAUCCAGCGCUGGAACUUCUGCAAGAUAAUGAAGCCAAAGUAUCGUUCUCUCUCCUACCCGUACCUCCUGCCCAAGUCUCACACUACCGCAGGAGAGAUCAGAUACCAGGUCCCCAACUGCAUCCCUGCAAAAGUACAGAUCCUGCGGUCAGCGUCCGACUGGUCAGCUGGUAUAAAGUACCACGAAGAAUCCAUCCACAACGCCUACGUCCACGCUAUCAAGAACAGCCAACACUACAUCUACAUAGAGAACCAGUUCUUCAUCAGCUGUGCUGAUAACAGACAUGUCUUCAACAAGAUAGGAGAUGCCAUCGCUGCACGCAUCAUCCAAGCAUACAAGGAGGGUAAGAAGUUCAGAGUGUAUGUGGUGACCCCCUUGCUGCCAGGCUUCGAAGGAGACAUCAACACAGGAGGAGGCAGUGCCAUUCAGGCUGUCAUGCACUACAACUACAGAACCAUGAUCAGAGGAGAUUGUUCCAUCAUAUCUCAGCUGAAGAGAGAAAUGGACGAGCAGUGGAUGAACUACAUCUCAUUUGCUGGUCUGAGGACCCACGCUGAACUGGAGGGACGCCUGGUCACAGAGCUCAUCUACGUCCACAGCAAGAUGCUCAUCACAGAUGACAACACCGUCAUAAUAGGUUCGGCCAACAUCAACGACCGCAGCAUGUUGGGGAAGCGUGACAGCGAGGUGGCGGUGAUCGUUGAGGACUCGGAGACUGUUACCGCGGUGAUGGAUGGACAGGAGUACCAGGCUGGUCGCUAUGCACUGGCACUACGCCUAGAGUGCUUCAGGACUAUCCUAGGGGCCCAUACUGAUCUGUCUAUAGACGUGUCUGACCCUAUCAGUGAUCACUUCUACAAGGAGAUUUGGAUGACCACCUGCGCUCGCAACGCCACUAUCUAUCAGAAGGUGUUCCGGUGCCUUCCCUCCAGUGAUGUCAGGAACAUUCUAGAACUGGAAGGCUACCUGGCCAAGCCGGGGUUGGAGAGGGAGGAUUCUGCACGCGCUCAUGAGGAGCUGAAGAAGAUCCGUGGCUUCCUGGUCCAGUUUCCGCUCUACUUCCUGUCUGAGCAGAAUCUACUUCCUCCCAUCGGCUCCAAGGAGUCCAUGGUCCCCAUGGAGGUUUGGACCUGAGACCAGAGACUUCACACACUCCACAUUCUAUACCAGAGAACUCUACCAGCGUCCGGAGUGAGGAGCUCAUUCCACUCUGGAGUGUGUGCCUGAAAACCAGACAUCACCUUCACGUUUACAUUAAAAAGAAGAGAAGAAAGGAGGAGAGGAGAAUGGAGUGAUUAACUGUGGGACCUUACACAGACCCGUCUGUGUAGUUUAAGGGAAUGUAACAGACUGUGCUCUGCUCUGUAACUGUUCUAUACUGUUUACUAACACUAGGGAACCGUAUGAAAAUGUAUGAACUCACCAACUGUAAGUUGCUCUGAAUAAGAGCGUCUGCUAAAUGACUAAAAUGUAAAAUGGAACACCAUGAGGGCUGGAGAAUGCAGCUCAGACUCCUCUGCGGGAUGUUUCUAUGAAAACAUACUAAGGCCUUAGAAUAAUGUCAGACAAAAAAAGACAGAGGGAGAAAAAAAUUAAGAGAGUGUGAUAUCAGAGACUGUUAGAAAGGGAGAGGGGGGAGGAGAGAGAGCUCUGUGCCCUUGCAGUCACGUUGUGAAAGUUGAUCUUAAAGCCCUGCCAUGUAUCUAACCUCUAACCCUGACCUUAACUCCAAAAUGAAGUCACAUGAACUCAACACAAGUGCCAAUUAUUGAUACAGUCAUGUUAAUGCAGUAUACCUUCUCUUACAUUCCUCAUCCUCAUUCUGUGGAUUUCAGACUAUGACCUUAAAGACCUCUGUUUCUACUAGUGGGCCUUUAGGUCUCUAGAGGCCUAGACACCCUGUACAACAGCAAAACACAAAGGGACAUUGUCUUCCAUGUUGGCAUGUUGUGUAUGAUGCUGCAUGUAGCUGUUAACAUGCUAGCUAGUCACUGCACGUAUCUAUUAGCAUGAAAACAAGUCAGAGUCCGCUGUGUGUGGCUGGUAACUUGGCAUGUUAGCUACCAGUCAGUCCAUGCAAUCAUUAGCAUGUAGCUAGCAAGGUUGGACUUCAUUGAAGGCAGUCAGUUCAGGAAGUGAUUUUGAAUAAAAAAAUAAUGUUAAAACUUUUGAAAUAAAUAGCUGCUUCUUUUCAGUUUAUUGAGAAGUCCUUGAAAAUAAAUGCGCUUUUUUUCGAUUCUUGAAUUGAAUUGUAGUUUACUUCCUGAAUUGACUGCCUUCAAUUCGAAUUGAGCCCAACCCUGGUAGCUAACUAAUAUUCUCACCGUUUGCUUGGUACUAAAUGGCUGGACUGUGGUCACUAUACCAACAAUAAGUUAUCUUUUUACUUUUCUGACUAACAGUUCCAUCAGAGAUAAGAGGUCUCCAUGGGAGGAAGUCCUAACUCAUAACUGUCUCAUAUCAGAAUGUAUCAACCAGAAUGUAUCAACAAUGCUCUGUCCUCUGUCCCUCUUUCUCUCACUGUCCUUUUCACUCUGUUCCUUCUCAUUUAUUUUCUCUGUCCUGUCUUUGUUCAUCACUCGUCCAUUUCUCUCUUUCACUCUACUCUAUCUUUCAUUAGCCUGUUUCUAUAAAUUGCACUUUUUGCACAGACUGAUUGUGUCUUGUAGGAAAACACAAAUAAUGAUAAUUCAUGUAUUUAAUUAUUUGUGCAUUGAUUAAAUUAAUAUGAACAAUUAAACAUUUCAGGUUUU